AUGACAUCAAUGAUUUUUUCAAAUUCAAUAAAACAAAAACAACAACAACAAAAACAAAAAGAACCAAAUAAAACUAUUCAAAAGAGAUUAUACAGAGAAUCUUUUGAACAUCCACCAACUCCACCACCACCUCCACCACGUAAUUAUUAUAGUAACGAAAAAUGUAUAAAAAAACACCAAAAAGAUAAUCAAAAAGAUAUCGAAACAAAAUACAAAAUAUACAACGAUUUAAAUAUGGAUGAGAUCAUGGUUGUACCUGAGCAAAAUGAUAAUAAACUAUCACAAGAACUAUUAAUCAAUGAACAGAUGGAAUUCGAAAUGCAACUUGAUCAAGAAAUGAUUGAUGAAUGUGAAAUAAAAGCUCAAAAUAAAACAAAUGAAAAUGAACAAAGCCUAGAUGACAAUGGUGAUGAAAAUGAAGAAAUAGAGGAAGAAAUUGUCAAAUUCAAUACUCAUCUUGAUAGAGAUUCAAUAGUUAAACAGUUUUCACAAGAUUUUAAUGAAUCGGACAGUGACUCUGAUGACAGCGAAAGUGAAGAAGAAGAUUAUUCCAACGAUGACUCUGAUGACUCUGACUAUAUUGAAAACAAUGACUCUAUCAAACGUUCUUCAAAUGGCCGUUACUAUUUCGAUAACAAUUCCUAUUUUUAUCAAAGAGCCCAACAACCAAAGCAAUAUCACAUUUAUGCCGAUAACUCUCUCAGAAUGGAAUUAAUAGAAAUUUUAACAAUUAUGAAAAACAAUGAAAGGGAAAAGCCAAAUGUAGAAGAAGUUUUUGUACAUGAAAUUAUUCUUUAG